UCGUACAAGAAUUUUACAAAUCAAGGUGAACUCAAUAGAUAAUUUGAUAAUGCCUCGCUUUCCUCUAUAGAUAUCGAAGUGGGUGUCGAGACAUUCCGUCAAUCUCUUUCCGUUGUGGUUUUCAUUUGACGAUCAGCUAAAUUUCACGAAAAUUUCAAUACUCUAAUCUGUUGUGCUGUCACGACUCAAGUCAGCUGACCCUUGUUUCUUCUGUUCAGUGCAUCCCAGAAAUUUUCCUCUGCGAAAAUGGCCCUCCACUCUGCAAUUAAGGGAAAACUGCUGUCAGUUAUUGGAGAUGAGGACACUUGUGUGGGAUUUCUCCUGGGUGGUGUUGGAGAAAUCAACAAGAAUCGUCAUCCCAACUUCAUGGUCGUGGACAAAAACACUUCCGUCAGCGAAAUUGAGGACUGCUUCAAGCGGUUCCUGAAGCGCGAUGACAUUGACAUCAUCCUCAUCAACCAGAACCUGGCUGAGCUCAUCCGUCAUGUGAUUGACCAGCACACGGCUCCUCUGCCGGCCGUUCUGGAGAUUCCCUCGAAGGAUCACCCCUACGAUGCGUCCAAGGACUCCAUUCUGCGUCGCGCCAAGGGCAUGUUCAAUCCGGACGACCUGGUGGCCCCGAGCAGAGGCUAAUUGGUCGCACAUCAGUUCUCCAAAAUCAUUUCCCGUGUAAUACACGAAAUCUUGAGGUAUUAUUGAAUUGCAUAUUGCUUAGAAGUUGAUGUAAAAAUGAUGUGUUGAAUAAAAGUCAGUUCCCAGGAAGAAGGGAUUAUCCCAUAAGUUUUCUCAU